AGACCCGCAUACAAAGCGCUUCACCGGCAACUGUCAUCCUUUGCGUUUCAGUACCUGUUCAUCGUUCCAGACGCCCCCGCGUCCAACUGUCGCUUCACCACCCUCCGUGUCCAAUCCACCCUAGUCGCUUCUGUAUCUCUUGACUUCUUUCGACUGUGACUUCUUCUUAGCAUUGACAUCACGCAUAAGACCAAAACUCUCGCCGCCAAACCAAACAUCGAACCCUCACUCUACCGAACAAUACUCUCACAACAAACAUGCCUGCUAUCGCCCACCUCCAAGCACGCUUCUUGGAAGACUCCAGUGGUAGCGGUGGAAUCUCGGGAACAGCCAUCGCCCUCAUCGUGUGUCUUGGAAUCGUACCGUGCAUUGUCUUGAUCUGGGCUGUUUGCUAUCUGUUCUGGGCCUACCCAUACGACCGUAACUGCUGCUGCAUCAAGCGAAAGCGCCGCCCAGAACCCCAAAGUGUAUUGAACCAAGCGCCGAUGAGCGAAGAGACACUAUACGAAAAGCCCGGUGUGGCACCACCACAACGACCAUUUUCUGGCCAGUACAGGACCGACACAGGAAGCUCAAGCAACAGCGGACGUCUGCAGAAGCAGCAAAGGCCUGGUAGCGGAGUCGACCCCCGGAACACGCGUAUGAGUUUGAACAGCGUCGUCAGUGCCAACACUAUCACUUAUGCCCAAGAGCCCAAGCCAUUUGUGUGAGGAUUCAAUGCAAAGCGAUGAUUG